AUUUCGGUGUGUUGAUAGACUGGACGAAGGUUAUUGGACAUCUUGCUGGAUAGCGUCCGUUGGAAGUGGAAGCUCGGCUAAAAGUAUCGGUCAGUUCUCUUACUUUUGCAUUCAUAAAGGAAAAGAGGACUGCAUUCGUUUUCGCCAAAGUUUUAAUCCUGACAUUUAUAUAAGAUCUAAAAUCUAGAUUCUACGUCGAAGCCGCUUUCAUUAUUUCAGUAUUCAGUGUCCUGAAGCCUUGAAGUCAAGAACUGUCCCCACUUGUGGUCUGAAACUGGAAGGCUGAAGAAAAGGCGAAAGUAAACUACCUGAUAAAGAGUAAAGUGGGCCUUAGUGUGUGCUCCUGUGCAUGUGUGGUGUGCAGCUUUCCAAUAUUAUUUCUACCUCAGGACUUACAGUUUUACUGUGUUUGUUGAACUGACAACAUCAACCUACGUGUGAUCACGACUUCUUAUAAUCAGAUUGUCAAGCUCCGGUGGCGAGACGGAAGAUCAGCGUGCCAGGAAUCAGAGAGAUUGAGGUUCGGUUCUGUCAUCUCUGAUUGGUGGAUUUUGAUCGGCCGACUCGCAGCACGUCCGGUUUCGGGUUGACCGAGACAAUUUUCCAGGACCUGUCUCGUUUCUGAGGACCGUCAUACCGGAGUGUGCUGUGAGAGAAAGACAGAGGGAGACAGACAGAGAGGGAACACAGAGAGAGAGAGAGGGAGGAAGGAGUGGAACAAACAGAAAGAUUCGUUGACAGAAAGAGAGAAAGGGGAAAAGAGGUGUUGAGAGAAAGACAAGAAAGAGAGAUACACUGAAAGAAGACAAAGAGUCUGGAAAGAGAGGGAUACAGAGAGAGAGAGAAGGCAGGGAAACAGAAAUCAAAGAAGUGAAGGGGAACGAGAGGGAUACCGAGCGAGACAGAAAGAGAGAAGGCGUGGAGAUCAUCGGAAAGAGACAGACGGAGGAAAGGAAGUAAAAAGACAGGCCAGCUGUGACGUACCAGACAUUAACGCCAGAUGGACAACAAGUUCUCGCCGGACUGUGCCCUCAAGACAUUUCGCAAUGAAGGAUUCUUUGGCAUGUACAGAGGCUCUGGUGUGAACCUACUGCUCAUCACCCCGGAGAAAGUCAUCAAACUGGUGGGGAAUGAUUUCUUCCGACAUCGACUGGCUAAUGCUGAUGGCACAUUGACCCUAGGCAGAGAGAUUGUGGCAGGCGGAGGUGCUGGAAUGUUCCAAAUCAUUAUCACUACACCCAUGGAGCUUCUCAAGAUUCAGCUUCAGGACGCAGGGAGAAGUGAAGAGAAGGCAGUGACCAGGCUGUGUUUUAUCACUCUUUUAUCUCUGGCUGCGCAGCAGGAUGCACCGCUUCCUUCAUGGUCAACCCUUUUGACGUUGUGAAGACGAGGCUUCAAACUUUGAGUAAAGGAAAGGGAGAACUGCAUUAUUCAGGUGUCAUUGAUUGCUUCAGGAAGGUGAUGGUCAACGAAGGUCCCAAAGCUUUCCUGAAGGGUGCCCUAUGUCGUAUACUGGUCAUUGCACCUCUCUUCGGCAUCGCUCAAACUGUGUACUACCUGGGGGUGGCUGAAUUCCUGCUGGGUGUGAAGAAUGCCUGAAUCGGUGCACCAGGUCACAACUAACAGAGUUGUCUCUCCUGUCUCGUUCAGGGAUUUUGGGUUUUUUUCCAUCUCAGCUCAUCGCGUAGUGGCCAAUAGUUUCUUUUUACUGUACCUCAAAGAUAAUAAAUUUUUAAAAGUCAUGUACGGUAGCAAUAUUGUGUUUGUCAAGACAGCAUAGUUGAAGGACAUGUUUUUCUUUUGAUCAACUUGUUUCUUGUUGCUUAAUGAAUGUAAAGAAAUAGUCUAGCAGAUGUGUCUCUUUUGAUCAAAUUAUUUGUUGUUAUUUGAUAGUAAGAUGUAAAGGAGCUGUUUUGUUUUGCUAUGAAAAUGGGGAGAAUAGUCUAAAUAACUUCCAUCCUCAGUGAACAUGCAGGGUGCUUGACAAUGAUAUAGAUCUGAAUAGGGCUUUAAUGUACCGGAAGGAGGUGUCAAAGAAAACAGAGAUUCGUGGAACAUUUUUUGUAUUACCAGAUUUAUGAACAUGCAGAAAGAAGACAAUUAAGGCUUUAGUUUUUCCUUCAGAAUGAUAUUUAUGAUGUGUUUAGCAAUUUUCCUUUCAACAAAAUGUGCAAAAAUGAAUCAAAAAAUGUCUUUGGCUUAUUUCACAGGAUAUGUAAAAUAUGACUUGAGAUAGAAUUUGUAACAUGAGAUCUGGAAUGCUUUACCAAGUACUUUAAGAGAGAUCAAAUCUUUCGAUUCAUUCAAGUGUCAGCUGAAGUCGUUUCUGUUUUUAAGUUAAUAAGAUGAUUAUUUUGAGUGAUUUUCUCUUUGUCAGAACACAACGUUUUAUGUUACUGUACGUUGUACUGUAUUGUAAAGCGCUCAGAGCCUGUGUACUUUAAUCAGGGUUUAGCGCUAUAUAAAUGUAAUUUAUUAUUAUUAUUACAUGUAACAAAAGGACACACGUAACACACAUGUUUGUGGCAAGAUGCAGAUAGUUUGUUGAUUGAGAGUACAGUAUGAGAAGCAGAUGGAGAGAUUGCAUUACGCUGUUCACAGAGUUUGUUUUUCAUCGUACUUCUUUACAAAAUCAUCAAGAAUAUGUUGUCAACCUGAUUUUCUUAGGGUUAAAAAAAAUAUUUUUUUUUAAAGAAUUGCUUCUGUUGGUGUUACAAUUUGUGUUACCAUUUCAAAAGAAAUGGAAUCAUUUUCUUUCUUUCAAUCAAACCAAAGAAGGUCUGAGAUGUUGUCUCUGGCAUGAGAACCAUGUGAUAAGUUUGGACGUUUUGUGUUGUGAGAUGUUGUAGUCAUGUGUCUGGAUUUUUUGGGGGGAUUUUUUUGGGUGGAAUAGUCUUGUACAGUAUUGUAGUGACUUGUGCAGACAUUCUGACAAAGCUGUGCUGUAUCAAAUAUAUUCAGAGAUUCAAUUGUAACUCAUAUGAGUGGAUGUUUGGUGGGUGUUUUGGUGUGGUUUUGCUCUUUCUUUUCUAUUCAACAUCUACUGUCCUUAUCUCUCCUUUUUUUUUCUAUGUUACUUUUUAGUAACACCUCUAUUCGGCAUUUAUGAUAUGACCUAUUUGUGUUUCAAGUGCCAUGAAGCUCUUAAUAAAACUAAAACUCAUAUAUGAGCUGUUUACUUGCAUGAUUUUAGACUAGCUUGAAGCUUGGAGAAGGAAAAAUUUGUUUUAUUCGUAACAUGAGAUUUUUUUGUUGCCCUGUAUUUCUUAAAAUAUUUCAGGAUUUCGUAUAAAGAAUGCAAUUUUGGUGUUGAUUUGUAAAGUUCUUGUAGGUUGAUGUGAAGAAUGUACAUUUUUUUUUUGGUCUGACAAGAGAUAUACAGAUUGGGCUACUACUUCUGUUUUGUGAAAUUUGGAACUUUUACACAAGUGCGUAUUGUAAAGUUUGGGCUAUUGAUCACACCUGUAUAUAAACCACAUCCUAUACUUUUUGUUAAAAAUCUGAACUUUUAAAGCAAAUAGACCGCACUGGUUUAUGAGCCGCAGCAGAUUAUGCAACACAGAUCUGUACGCCAAAAGAUCACUAAAAUACUGGUAAAUGACUUGCAGUAAUCCAGCCUACAAAUACCUCAUUUUCAGACCGUGACACCCCCCACACAUUUCAGUGUUAGUUUGUAGAUUUCAUCCCGUGACUGUCUAGACGUCUCCUUGUGAGUCUCGAAAAGUACUCACCCGUUUGUUGGACCUUGUUUCUUAGGUGUACUCUAAAGUGUGGUGUUGAGGAAAAGACUUCAACUUUUUAAUGUUUUAGGUGUGUGCAAAGAAAAGACGAGAGAAUGACACUCCUGCAUUCGUGAAAAUCUGCAAAUGAUCUGCAUUGUUGUUUAAGUGCAGGGUUUAUAGCUGAGGAAAAAA